GACGUGUGUUGCUGUUUUACGUGUGUUACUAUUCGGCGGAGAUUGCUUGUUUCUUUCGUUCGGAAAUCUCUUUGUUUUUUCUUGAAUCAACACUGGAGUCUCAUUCCCCGAAGUAAAUAUAUCUGGUUUCUUUGUGUACAUUUUUCCAUCACAACAAUUCACCUGAAGAGGUUUAAGAACAAUGAGAAUACAAGGUGUUCUUGUAUGUCUGUAUUUCUAUUUGAUGUUCCCUACGAACAUCAUUGGAUUGUGGUGGGCGGUAGGAAGUCCUCUGGUGAUGGAUCCUAACAGUAUCUGCCGCAAGACGAGACGCUUGGCGGGGAAACAGCGCGCCAUUUGCAGAAAGGAACCGGAAAUAGUAGAGGAAGUAGCGAAAGGCGCAAAGAUCGCGCUGCUGGAAUGUCAGUAUCAGUUCCGGUACAGACGAUGGAACUGCACGACCGCCAAACGUUCCAUAUCAAAAAUAUUACGUCGAGACAUUAGAGAGUCUUCCUUCGUGUACGCCGUCACAGCAGCAGGAGUUGUCUUCGCCGUCACAGAGGCGUGCAGCACGGGCCACCUCUUACAGUGCACGUGCAAAAACAACAUCCGAGACAUCGCCACUGACGGCGAAUGGGAAUGGGGAGGUUGCGGCGACAACGUCGAGUUCGGCUAUCAGAAGUCGCGGGAAUUCAUGGACGCCAGAAAGCGCAAGAAACGACGAGGUGACGUCACUACCUUGAUAAGACUGCAUAAUAAUGAAGCUGGGCGCUUGGCUGUCACUCGUCACAUGAGGAAAGAGUGCAAAUGUCACGGGCUGUCCGGAUCCUGCACCCUGAAGACCUGCUGGCGAAAAAUGCCGAGAUUCCGCCACGUGGGCGACCGCUUGAAAGGGAAAUUCGACGGGAGCGCCAAGGUGAUAAGUUCGAACGACGGGAAACACCUCUUGCCCGAAGGCGACACGAUAAAACCUCCCACGAAAGAGGACCUCGUUUACUCCCAGGAGUCUCCUAACUUCUGUAAGAGGAGCAAGAGGUGGGGAUCCUUGGGCACCAGGGGGCGGGAGUGUGAUCCCACGUCGAUGGGUGUGGGAGGGUGUGACCUUUUGUGCUGUGGGCGGGGCUAUAGUAAAACGGAAGUGACGGUCAGGGAGAACUGUAAAUGUCAGUUCCGCUGGUGCUGUGAUGUUAUCUGCGAAACGUGUGUUUCCGUUAGGACUGUUUACCGGUGCUCGUGACUAAGGCAUGCCGGAAGGGGCAAACCGGAAGUGACGACCCGGAAGUGAAUGCAGCCAAUCCUAUGUCUGAAUAUCAACAGAAAACUCAAUACUGGCAAUACUGUGUCCAACGCUGUCCUUGAUCAGCAUUAAUUACAUUUUACAUCACUGACGUAGAUUUAACAGCAAUAAAGAGGUCAAUUCUAACGCGUCAACAUUGAAAUGAUCAGCAGCGUUGACAACGUCAGCAAUGUCACUAGUGUGGAUACGAACUGAAGACGAAAGUAAAACGAAAAAGUCCUCAAAUAUUCAGACGGCAUUACUCAUCUUAUAAAGUGCCUAAAUAAUCGCCAAAUAACAAAGAAAGACUAUCUGCUUUGUCACCGCUGUAGUUGAAGCUGUAGCUAUAGCUGUAGCUGACCUCGGCUGCCGUAUUUAAUUACAGCCAGACACUUUCUACUUUAGAAGUCGGCGGUUGGACAGUAUGUUCAAUACUAUACCGUGUUAUGCAAUUAAACGGGCAAUGCAGUUUUAGUUCUGUUUAAUAUGCAAUUAAACGGAGUGAAAGGUUAAAGGCGAAGCAGCAACAGUAUCGGCGAAAAACGACAGAAUUAACUUUUGUUGGCGCCAGUUAUGAACUGUAAUAUGUUUGCUGACAUGUUUCAUCAGGAACUCUUGGACAAGAUCACGUAUUUGUCCAGUAACCGCGUCGUUAAUGUAAUUCAAUCUGGUUCAACGUUUUGUUCCUGUUAAUUAACGUACUUACAUCUCUUUUGUAAAUCGCUGAAUAUAAAUGUCUUCCAUCCCAGCCAAUACGACUUAGGUGCGAAAAGCAAGCAACACACGUGACUUGCACAAAUAGCAUUGCAAUACCAAACUGUCACACGUGCUUUUUAGAAACAAAUAGUGUUGAAUAUGGUUCAAGUGUCACAUAUGGAAAACUAGUUAAAACAUUAGCUAUUCGAUGAUUCUGUCAUAAGUUUGUGUCCUUUAUAUAUCAGUGUUCAUAGACAAAGGCAUGCCAGUACAAACAAAAAAAUAUAGUGCCAGCGGAAGCAAAGUUAAGAUUAGUUAGUAGUUUUUUGUUGAAUGAUCCCACAGGUAAAAUGUGUUCUUAUGUGAACAAUAAGUAAAGAUCACCAAAAUGUGCUAUCUGAAAGCGACGAAAAGCAGAACGUGAAACGUGUGUUAUUAGAAAGCAAAGUCAAGCAAAAAGUGUACUGUAUGAAUGCAAAUUAAAGACCACAAAGGUGUACCAUUAAAGUGUAGAAAAGUAGAAGGUAAAAGGUGUGAUAUCUGAAAGCAAAGACAAGCAAAAGGGGUACCCUAUGAAAGUAAAGCAAAGACAAGCAAAAGGUGUACCCUAUGAAAGUAAAGUAAAGACAAGCAAAAGGGGUACUCUAUGAAAGUAAAGUAAAGACAAGCAAAAGGGGUACCCUAUGAAACUAAAGCAAAGACAAGCAAAAGGUGUACCCUAUGAAAGUAAAGCAAAGACAAGCAAAAGGUGUACCCUAUGAAAGUAAAGCAAAGACAAGCAAAAGGUGUACCCUAUGAAAAGCAAAGACAAGCAAAAGGGGUACCCUAUGAAAGUAAAGCAAAGACAAGCAAAAGGGGUACACUAUGAAAGUAAAGCAGACAAGCAACAGGUGUAGCCUAUGAAAGUAAAGCAAAGACAAGCAAAAUGUGUACCCUAUGAAAGUAAAGCAAAGACAAGCAAAAGGUGUACCCUGUGAAAGUAAAGUAAAGACAAGUAAAUGUACUAACUUAAAGCUAGGAAAGGCAGAAAAGCAAAACAUAAAGGAUGUACUAUAUGAAAAGCAGAGACGUAUAAACACGCCGGUUUUGCUUUGCGAUCUGAUUGAAAGCAAAGACAAGACAUGGAAUGUACGUCAUAUACUGUGUAACUUAGUUUGACACAAAGCAAGCGAAGUUUUGUUUCAAAAUGAAGGAAAGAUGACUUUGUGCAAAGUACUGUUUGAAAAAAAGAAAAGACAAUUAAAAUGUGUACGUUAUAAGUUUCGGUUGAUUGUUUCUCUGCGAAAUCAGAAAUGAGGUUUUUUCUUUGUGUUGAAAGACCCUAUUUGUUACGUAAGACCCCAUUGUGUUACGUAAGACCUUUUGUUUUGCAGGAGUAUUUUAUACGUUUAGAUAUACCGAUAAAAAAAACAACAAAAACAAAAAACAAAACAAUCGGUCAUUCAUUCGACACUUGCUUAUAUCCAGUGAAGGUUAAAGUACGUCGGUCGUGGGCGCAUUCUCCGUGAAAUUUCGUCAAAGGCAAGACUGAACAAACUAGAACAGAUUUAAGACGUUAACUGAAAUGACUUCUUCAUAGAAAAUAUGGUAUGUCUUGUUUUUUUUGGUGUGUUUUUGUUUUUUUGCAAUAUUGUUGUUUAUGUUUGCUGAUAUGGUAUAUACAUUAUGUCUUCCAUGGCACACAACGGCAUAUAGGGAGUUUGAUGCACAGCCAUGAGCUUGAAUUGAAAAGCUUGUGAAUUGGUAUGUAAAAUACUACAGAGAUGGAUAAUGUGAUUUGGCAUGUAACCUUGGGCUCAUUUUACCAAACAUCGUAUGUUUACGUCUGCGACUGGCAGUUAUACCGGCCAUACGUGCACACGUGUUCGGCAUCUAUUUCACGCAGAACAUUACAUCAUUAAAGAAGAUGAAGCAUUUUUAAGGCUAAAAGAAAUUGAAAUAUGUAUAUUUUAAGCUACUUUUGUUUGACUAUUAGUAGUAAUAAGACUUGCGGUUUAGUCGUAAAUUUACCUUUUACGUGAAAAACUAGCCUUACGAUACUUUGUGGAAUUAGACCCCGAAGUCUUCAAUAGUCAUAACCCUUAAUAGUAACGUGCACACGACUUGUGUAACAUGGUCAAGAGGAUUUAGAUAGAAAAUAACGAACCUGGCUAGAGAUUCUCGAAGCUGCCUUAGCGGUACGACAUCGUAAAACCGUCGUAAGCAAUGACGUCACAACGACGCACGCCACGGGCAGCCUACGAUGGCGCUAAGAUAGCUUCGAAAAUCUGGGCCCAAAUAUUCGAAGCAAUCUUAGACUACGAAUUCGUAAAACAAUAUUAACUAUGGCGGUCACUAUGCCCAUGUGUUGGUUAGUGACGUCACAAUCA